AUGGUGCGCGUGGCCCUCGUCACCGCCCUCGCUGCGGUUGUCUCGCACACCGCUGUCGCGUUGCAAAUCGCAGACGUCGUCACAGGGUAUGGGCUAACCGAGUCCUACACCUUCGCCUUUCCCACACAAUCCAUCGCCGGCUUGGACGCCGACAACUGGGUCCUCGACAAGUGGUCGGUCAAUCCUCAACACGGCAUCAGCUUCGGGAGAGACGACAUAUCGUUCGUGCCCGAUCCUUCGGCGCCCUUGACGCGUCGCGAUGCGACCGUGCCCGACCUCGAGGAGAGGGCGGACAUUCGCGCAGCUAAGAAUGACACACCAGUCCUCCGUAUCGAGUAUCCGCAGGGCUCGUACUCAGCAGGAACGGGCGGGACACAGUUCUACGCAGAGCCGCUGCAGGCGACGAGUAACUCGAAGAACAUCUUACCCAACACGACCUCGAACGGGCAGUUUGAGCGCAUGCUUUUCGCGUACGACCUCUACUUGGACGACUAUUUCGUGUUCAACAAGGGUGGCAAGCUGCCGGGUCUGCGCGGUGGGCCCGACCCCAUCGGCUGCUCGGGCGGGCAUCAAGCGACCGCAUUCAAGUGCUUCUCGAGCCGCCUCAUGUGGCGCGACGGCGCCCUGGGCGAGUUGUACACAUACAUCCCGACCAGCCAGAAGAAUUUCUGCAGCACGCUCGGCGUCGCGUGCAACAGUGACUAUGGCACGUCGCUCGGUCGUGGAAGGUACAGCCUUGCGACAGGAAAGUGGCAAACCGUGUGGCUGUACGUUGCACUCAACGCGGAGGGCAUCGCCAACGGCGUAAUGGAGAUGUACUACAACGGCAACAAGGUUAUUAGUUUCAGCAACCUCGAGAUUCGCAAUUCGGCCACCAUUGAGAGCAUCGGGGGCGUCUACUUCUCGACCUUCUUUGGCGGGUACGACCAGUCGUGGGCGUCGCCCAAGCAACAGUUCUCGUACUUCCGCAACAUGCAGUUGUACGCGGGGCUGGGCGCUGCGAACGGCACCGGUGGUCGCAUCUCGGGUGCCAUGUCGGCACAGCCAUCGCACAUCCUCCCCGCCGUUGUGGCGUGCGUGGCUGUCGCCCUCGCUGGCGCCAUGUUCUGA